AUGAUAUUGUGGGGAACAAAAGCAACUUAUGGAAUGCCAUGUGGAAAUAGAAGGGCCCAUGACAAAUUUUUUGAUGUGGAAGGUCAUGCACUAUAUAGACUGCUUACCAGAAGUAGAGUGGCUCAAUGGGAUGGUGGGGAUGAUAUUUGUCUCAUUUGUAAGAAUGAAAGGGAAACUAUAAUCCAUGCUAUUAGGGAUUGUGUACAAUUUGGAAUUAGCAGAAUGAAGUAUGGGGCAACCAUGGUCCCGGUGCACGUUAGAGAAACCAUGGUCCAGAACCUAAUUAAAGAAGUUGAUGAAGCUACUAAUUAUUUGAGGAGCAGAAGUGAAGAUAGAAGGACAAUGAUCAUCAAUGUUGCUUGGCAAUUUCCUCAAGCUAGAGUCAUUAAGAUGAAUACUAAUGGGGCAGCUAAGGGUAAUCUUGGCCUAACUGCCUAUGGAGGCUUGAUGCGGGAUACUCAUGGAAAUUGGCUUAGUGGAUUUGGCUUCAAAUUUGGUAUUUGUUCUUCAUUCAAGGCUGAGUUUUGGGGGGUGUUACGGGGUUUGGAGUUGCUUUGGAAUGUAGGAUAUCAAAAUGUGAUUAUUGAAAGUGAUUCAUCUAGUUUGAUCACUGUGCUCAUUAGUCCUGGUGUAGCAGUACGUGAGGGGCAACUAGUCUUUCGUAUACGGACAUAG